CUCUCUGCAGCGAUGAAUGAAGCGCGGGUGGGCAGCGCGCGGCGCUCAGAGCGUGGAGUGGAGCGCGCGGACGGCGCUUGGGGACGGUGCCUGGGAACGAGAGAAGCGAACCCCCCGGGCUCGGUCGCCGCCACGCCACCGCGUCCCAGCGAUGCCCCAGCACUCCGUGGGGGACACGCCCUUCGACCCCCGGUCUCAGCUCCUCCUCCUCAGCCCCUCCACAGCCCUGGACCAGGAAAGCGGGCUUGACCCCCUGCCGCCCAGCGGGGUGCCCUGCCCGGCGGCCCAGAGCCCCCUGGCGUGCAGCAGCCAGCCGCUGUGCCAGCUGCCGGCCCAGAAGCCCGGCGGCCAGGCGGCCCGCGAGGUGCGGUACGUGUCGGCGGGGCCACGGGCCACGGCCUGCGGGUGGUGGGCCUUCACGCCCGGGUGCCUGCAGGUGCUCAACACGCCCCAGGGCUUCCUGCUGUUCCUGUGUGCGGCCUCCUUCCUGCAGGGCAUGACCGUCAACGGCUUCAUCAACACCGUCAUCACCUCCGUGGAGCGCCGCUUCGACCUGCACAGCUACCAGAGCGGCCUCAUCGCCAGCUCCUACGACAUCGCCUCCUGCCUCUGCCUCACCUUCGUCAGCUACUUCGGGGGCCAGGGGCACAAGCCGCGCUGGCUGGGCUGGGGCGUGCUGCUCAUGGGCGCCGGCUCGCUGGUGUUCGCGCUGCCCCACUUCACCGCUGGCCGCUACGAGGCGCGGGUCGCUGAGGGAGCCGGUGCCUGCCCCUCCAACCGCAGCGCGGCCUGCGCCGACCGCACCUCGGGCCUGUCCAGCUACCGUCUGGUCUUCAUGCUGGGCCAGUUCCUGCACGGCAUGGGGGCCACGCCCCUCUACACGCUGGGCGUCACCUACCUGGACGAGAACGUCAAGUCCAGCCACUCGCCCAUCUACAUCGCCAUCUUCUACACCGCGGCCAUCCUUGGUCCUGCCGCCGGCUACCUGAUGGGCGGAGCACUGCUGACCAUCUACACGGACGUGGGCCAGCGGACGGAGCUGAGCACCGCCAGCCCCCACUGGGUCGGCGCCUGGUGGAUCGGCUUCCUGGGCUCCGGAGCGGCGGCUGUCCUCAUCGCCAUCCCCAUCCUCGCCUACCCCAGGCAGCUGCCAGGCUCCCAGCGCUACGUGGUAAUGCGGGCAGCAGAAACGCACCGGCUGGGAGACGGCAGCCGCAAGGCCACCAGCAGCCCCGACUUCGGGAAGACCGUCAGGGACCUGCCCCUUUCCAUCUGGCUGCUCCUGAGGAACCCCACGUUCGUCCUGCUGUGCCUGGCGGGGGCCACGGAGGCCACGCUCAUCACCGGCAUGUCCACGUUCGGGCCCAAGUUCUUCGAGUCCCAGUUCAGCCUGAGUGCCUCGGAGGCCGCCACCUUGUUCGGGUUCCUGGUGGUGCCGGCGGGCGGCGGCGGCACGUUCCUGGGCGGCUUCUUCGUGAACAGGUUCAAGCUACGGGGCUCGGGCAUGGUCAGGCUCUGCCUGCUCUGCACCCUCACCAGCCUGCUGGCCACCCUGGUCUUCCUCACGCACUGCCCCCACGCGCCCGUGGCCGGGCUGACGGCCGCCUACGACGGCAGCCCGCUGCCCGGAAGCCGCCCGACGCCCGCCGCGGCCUGCAAUGCCUCCUGCGGCUGCGGGCCCCAGCACUACAGCCCCGUGUGCGGCUCUGACGGCCUCACCUACUACUCCCCCUGCCACGCGGGCUGCCCCGCGGCCGCCGAGCCAGGCCCUGACGGCCAGCAGGUGCACCGAGGCUGUAUUUGUGUCGCCCAGAACCUGUCCUCGGGCCUGGGCCACGCGACCGCGGGGAAGUGCGCUGUGCCAUGCCGGGCCAAGCCCCUGCUGCUGGUGUUCGUGUUCCUUGUCAUUGUCUUCACCUUCCUCGGCAGCAUCCCCGCGCUGACCGCCACGCUACGGUGUGUCCAUGAGCAGCAGAGAUCCUUUGCGCUUGGAAUCCAGUGGAUCCUCGUGAGAACACUAGGGGGCAUCCCAGGGCCCAUCGCGUUCGGCUGGGUGAUGGACAAGGCGUGCCUGCUCUGGCAGGACCAGUGUGGCCAGCAGGGCUCCUGCUUUGUGUACCAGAACGCGGCCAUGAGCCGCUCCAUGCUCGGCGUGGGGCUCACGUACAAGGUGCUGGGCUUCAUCUUCUUCGCCAGUGCUUGCUACCUGUACAAGCCCCCCCCAGGGUCUCCGGAUGGCCCAGAGGCCUCUCUGCCCAGCCAGUCCUCGGCCUCCGACAGCCCCGCCGAGCCCGCCCCCACCUCCACGGUGCCCCAGGAGCUUCCGGACGCCGGCCACAGCACCGAGGCCCCACGGGAGGCCCCACGUUGGAUUCUGGGGCCCACAGUUGCGACGGAGACACAGUGAGGGGAGGCCUGGGCACGUGCCCGGCUCGGCCAGUGCUGAAGGAGCCCAAGGCCCCCCGGGACAGCAGGACGCUCGGCCCGCUGGCGCCUGCGGUCACCCCCCGCCCUCAGGGCUGGCCGCUCCGGAGGGGCCGUGUCGUGCCGGAGGCGUGCUCCCAGGACCUGUCAUGCCGGCCAUGUAAGGGCACGCGAGCAGUGGUCGUGGGCCAUGUGGCCGGCGAGGCCCUGUGUACCUGAUUGUAAAUAGAAUUUUGUAUUUAAAGCUUACGGCCUGGACCGCGUGGUUAUUGCUGUAGACCUGCAGAGUUG